AUGGCGGCGUCGGCGCGCGACGUCGGCGACGCGACGGCGUGGUCGGCGGAGGCGGCGCGGCGGGUCUGGGGCGGCGCCAUACCGCUGCACGUCCACCUCCACGACGCCGACGUCACCGCGCUCCCGCCGCCCCCGCCCUUCCUGACUUUAGGGCCAAGGAUUGGGUACUUGCCUCUGCUGGUGCCCAUUAUAAAGGCUCAUUUCAGCAGCACACUCCCGCCAGGCGUUGAUACCGUUUGGUUUGAAUACAAAGGACUGCCUUUAAAAUGGUACAUACCCAUUGGAGUUCUUUUCGACCUUCUUUGUGCAGAGCCUGAGAGGCCAUGGAAUCUAAUAGUUCAUUUUAGGGGAUAUCCUGCAGAAAUAUUAUCACCAUGUGAAGGUGAAGAUAGUGUGAAGUGGAGCUACAACAAUUCCCUGAAAGAGGCUGCCUUUAUCAUAACUGGGAACAGUAAGAAUGUGAUGAAUAUGUCCCAAGCUGAUCAAGCUGCUAUGUGGGAAUCCGUAAGGAAAGGUGACAUGGAUAGUUAUACGAAUAUCUCCACCAGGCUUAAGCUUGGACUGUUUGAAGAGGAUUGGUCAGUAGCAACUUCCUCAGCAGAGCGUCAACAAGGUUCUGAUGAGCCUGAAUCUCCUGGAUCUGUCAGACCAUGCAGGGUCCCUGUUCGAUUAUACGUGCGCAGAGUUCAAGAAGACCUUGAGUAUUUAGAGGAUGCAAUAGCUGUCAGUGACUGGGAAAGUGUAUCCUAUAUAAACCGGCCAUUCGAGAUCCGGAAGGAAGAAGGUAAAAGCUACAUCACCCUGGCACGUGCUUUGGAAACGUUGCUACCAGAGUUCUUCAGCUCGAAGCCCGCCGCUGACACUCAACCUGUGGAGAUAGCAGACUCGCCACCUGACGAUUCAGACACCACUCCAAGGACUCCUCGUGACAGAGACCCAGCUCCAGCAAGCCAGCGAGGGGCUGAUUUGACCAAGAACGCCACUGAGGUGAAGCUGGUGAGGGUGCAAGGUAUCGAUCUCCAAAACAACAUGGACGUACCGUUCCUCUGGAUGGCCAACUACCUCAAGAACCCCGAAUGCUACCUCCAUGUCUGUGUGUAUGUUGGUGCAGGAAUCUGAAAACUGGGACUGUAGAUGAAAGGUUAGAGAUACCUUAGGGGAGUGCCUCCCGGACCUGGGAUGGCCUGCUUGUCUCUGAAAACUGGGGCUGUAGAUGAAAGGUUAGACAUACCUUAGGGGAGUGCCUCCCGGACCUGGGAUGGACUGGUUGUCUUGUGUUCUUUGGUUAGACUGUACUAAGGUGUUUUUCUUCGUUUGUACAGAUGGUAAAAUCCUUAUCAUUUCGGUAUGUGGAUGUAAGAUCCAUUGGUGAUUGAUGGAAGGAUGUUUGUUUUGAGAUUCA